GUGUCAGUUUCAAUAGUAGUGUCAAAGUUCACUAUAUACAGACAUUCGCGCAGAUCCCCCGUUUCGGAAACAUUGCUCUGCUGGUCCUCCCGUUUAAGCGCAUUCAUUUUUUGGGUCUCUCCUUCUUCUUGCAUAUUCUAUCAGUUGUUGGUGUUUUUCCUCUUCUUUUUUUAUCUUUUCUCUUCGUAUCUCCAUUCCUCCUGCUGGAGAGAGGUGAAACUAUACAUGGGCACUUCAUUCGGCGAAACGGUUUUCUUUCGCUGCCUGGCGAGAUGAUGAGGUUUAUUUAAGAAUAUAGAUGUAAAAAUCCAGCUCUUCAGUUUUUCCUCCCCUCCUAUACGACGAAGACGGGAGUGUAAAGGAGCACGGGGAAGAAAAGAAAAAGGAAUUUAUCUCCGCAGCACUUUGGAUCGCGUGUCUUUCCAGCAAAAAGCUUCUUUUUUUUCUCCACUCGUUCCUGCGUCCAUGUGAAUCGCUCCUGCCUUCCCUUUGUGGCUAUUUUAUAUCAAACUGCAAUUUGUUACGUCUGGACUCGGGUUUUCCUACAAGAUUAGGGAUUCCUGAAUGGCUGACUGCAAUUUACCUUGGAACUGGCCUCCCGAUACUUGCAUAUCCUGAUCGGGUGCCUAUUCAAUCGCACUCCUGAAUUUUGAAUGUAUUGAUCGCGUUGUACUCUCCUUCUCACCCCAUAUGAGAUUGCGUGCUCCGAUUUGACUUUGCACUGCCCCGUCUUUUGAGAUCUCAUUUUUCUCCUCUACGCUUCAUAAACAUCGGCGAUCAUUUCGCUUUAUAGCACUUUCCGGGGCCGAGAUAUGGCAAUGGUAGUUAGCGUCUGGCGAGAUCCGCAGGAAGACGUGGCCGGACCUCCGAGCGGCCCCAACCCAGCAGCGCAGCCGGCGAGGGAGCAGCAGCAGGCGGCGUCGGCGGCGCCGCACACUCCGCAGACCCCCAGCCAGCCGGGACCCCCGUCCACGCCGGGAACGGCCGGGGACAAGGGGAGUCAAAAUUCUGGACAGAGUCAGCAGCAUAUUGAAUGUGUGGUUUGCGGAGACAAAUCGAGCGGCAAACACUACGGCCAGUUCACCUGCGAGGGAUGCAAAAGUUUCUUCAAGAGGAGUGUACGGAGGAACUUAACAUACUCAUGUCGUGCCAAUAGGAACUGUCCCAUUGACCAGCACCACCGAAAUCAGUGCCAAUACUGUCGGCUGAAGAAGUGUUUAAAAGUGGGCAUGCGGCGGGAAGUUCAGCGAGGACGAAUGCCUCCAACCCAGCCGAACCCAGGCCAGUACGCACUGACGAACGGGGACCCUCUGAAUGGCCAUUGCUAUCUGUCCGGAUACAUCUCGUUAUUGCUGCGGGCCGAGCCUUACCCGACGUCCCGGUACGGGAGCCAGUGCAUGCAGCCCAACAAUAUCAUGGGCAUCGAGAACAUCUGCGAGCUGGCGGCUCGAUUGCUCUUCAGCGCCGUGGAGUGGGCGAGAAACAUCCCUUUCUUUCCCGACCUGCAGAUCACCGACCAGGUGUCCCUUCUCAGGCUGACGUGGAGCGAGUUGUUUGUGCUUAACGCGGCCCAGUGUUCCAUGCCUCUGCAUGUUGCCCCUCUGCUCGCCGCGGCGGGCCUCCACGCCUCCCCGAUGUCCGCGGACCGCGUCGUGGCUUUCAUGGAUCACAUCCGGAUCUUCCAGGAGCAAGUGGAGAAGCUUAAGACCCUGCACGUAGACUCGGCAGAGUAUAGCUGCCUCAAAGCCAUCGUGCUUUUUACAUCAGACGCUUGCGGCCUGUCGGACGCUGCUCACAUCGAGAGUCUACAGGAGAAAUCCCAGUGCGCCCUGGAGGAGUACGUGAGGAGCCAAUACCCGAACCAACCCAGCCGCUUUGGGAAGCUGCUGCUGCGGCUGCCCUCUCUGCGCACCGUCUCCUCUUCGGUAAUCGAGCAGCUGUUCUUCGUGCGUUUGGUAGGUAAAACUCCUAUUGAAACCCUCAUCAGGGAUAUGCUAUUAUCCGGGAGCAGCUUCAACUGGCCUUACAUGUCCAUCCAAUGAUCCUUAUAUGAAAGUGGAAAAAAAGAGAGGAAAAAAGGACCAAAAUUCAGCACCCCUCACCCCAUCCUCCUUCAAGAAGACUAUAUAUAGGACCUUUUCUGAGAAACUUGGAAGACAUUACUUUUUUUCUGUCUUCUGGGACUGUGAUGGAAUACAUUAUGUACAGAAAAAUAUUGGAACUGGACUUUACACCUGUGUAAAUCCACUCUCAUCUUCAAGAACAAAACUCUUCAUUUUGUAAAAUACUAGUCUUUAUUUUACUUUUUUGUAAAAAAUACAAAUAAAAUGAAAAACAUCAUAUGCGCAGUAAGAAAAAAGAAUCAAGACUUAGCGGGAAAAUAAUGUUUCCAAGCAAUUAUAAGAAUUGUCCUGUGUCUAUGUACCUCUCUGUUUUGUAUUAUUUCUGGUUCUAAACCAGGGUUUCUGUGAUUCUAUACUAAUAAUUUUUUGAUAUAACCUUUUUGCUUCUUAUAAUGAGUGCGAUAUAUGUUGUCGAAGCUAUGUUCUCCAAGAAUUAAAAUUGAAGUGAGAAUUUAAAAACAGAAAAAUAAAGAAAUUUAGACAAAUAAGAAACAGUCUAAUCGCUAUGACAAUAUCACCACUGAUGGUUGAACUUUUUCCCAAUUGAUACGAUGGACCUGCAACAGCAGCAAACUGACCUCCAGGACAUUUUUACUGACAUUUUUACUCCAGGACGUCUGGGGCGCCUUUACCCGGACCAUAAGUGCGUGUGGAGUCGAUCAUCAGUCACAGAGGAGAGACAUGAAAAUCAAAAGCACUUUUAAUAUAUCAUUUCAAAUACAUUUUGUUUGUUUCGUCUUGAAAAUUUUCAUUGUUUCUUGAAUUUUAUUGGUUGUUGCCUUCAAUUUGCUUACUCCAUGAUGCAGCUUUUUGCAGAAGGGUCGGUUGAUGAAGUUGUGUGAUGGUGACUGUACUAUUAAAAAAGAAAUAGGCAACGA